AUGAACAACUACGAUCCUUCAACGGGCCAAGUCUUCCGAGAAUGGACCAUCCAGCGUCGGCUCAACGUCAGUUCGGAUCGUGGCUGGUCGCGACGGCGUCCGUAUCCUAUUUUUAAGCCUCGCGGCGCUCGUGGCCCUCGAUCUUUAUUGGAUAUGGCAAUUAAUGUCAUUGCCGACAACAUUGGCGACGUAUCGGAAGAGCUGCUUGGGUCGCUUCCUAUUCAGCUGGUUUGGCGCAUCUGGCGCUUUUUAGAGGCAAGAGGCGUAUGCUUCCAUGCAUGGAAACUUUUCUCUACGGUAUUGCUUCGUGAGGAUGAUGAGAAGAGCCUUGGCCUAUAUCGAUUCCGGCAGCAUAUAUGUCGACCCAGUGAGGAACUAGGAUGCUACAUCCAGCCCCUAACAUCUUUUUCAACAGAGUUCAUCACCCAUCUCGUGCUCAGCGGAGGGUGCCAGUUCUCUUCCCAUGAGCUAUUCUGCUUAACAGAUAUGAAAAAUCUGGGCAUUCUGGAGCUUAUCCAACCAGCGGAUGAGCUAGGUGAUGUCUUUCCGGCCGUCAACGACCGCGUCGUUCGAGGCUGGACCGAGAGCGAGAAUCCCUUCCCUUUAUUAAGGGUUUUGAGGAUAUGGGGCGAUCAGACGGUUACACAGCAAUCCUUACGUUGGGUCGCAAAGUUCCCCUCCUUGGCACUAUACGAUGUCACGGGCGCGAGAGAUGACUGGGCCUCUCCAUUCGACGAUGCUGCCGAGGCCGGCUGGGAAGUUACCGACGUCUCUGGCAGACAGGAGGGCACACUGCUGCGAAAUCUCAUGCUCCUCGUUCCAGAUACACAUAUAAUCAAGACGCAAGACUCAAUUAAGAGCGUCGAAGCUGAUUUGGUGACGCUCUGCAGCGACUCACAAUGCGCCAUCAAAUUUGUGCCAGACCGAGAAGCGCCCCCUCUGUUGAAUUAUCUCACAGACACGGGCAAGAAAUACAUGCCCUCGUGGGAUCCAGACGCGGCAUCAAGGCAAGCAGGGGCUUGCCACGGCGUUGCUUUUGAGGCAUGGGCUUUCUGGCUAUACUCGUUCCUAGGACAGCUGAGCAGCGACAUAGAUAUUGCGAGCCAGGGCCAUUCGGUGGACCAACAAGCCGUAGCUGGACCAUUUGUUUUGCCAUCACGGCCCAUGGCGUGCCUGUUUCUAGGACAUAGUGGACGGGGAGGCAUCACUUCCAAGCCAGCUUAUGUGAGCCGCGGCCUGUUUUCAACCAAACGAUAUACGUUCACCCGCCCUAUGGAUACGAGCCGCUACAAGACGGACGCAUCUCGAGACCAGCUUCAGAAAGAGCAAGAGCCGGAGCCGGAGCCGAAAGCAAGAUCGGCUUCGAUAACAUCGAUCCAAUCGAAAUCAUCGCUGAAGAUGCGCAAGAGAAAGCAGCUGCAUGACAUGCUGCAGUCACUUUCUGGGUGA